AUGUCAUUCAAGGCCCCAAUUCGAACACUUUCAAGGAUUGCCCCUCGGCAUCGCCUCUGUGGAAUAAUUGAUCGUUUGGGGGCCGACGCAUUGAGUCGCCGUCGUUUAUCUCCUUCAAGACCUUAUAUAUGUUCAUCGCGUUGUUCUCCUCUCUUCGCUAUCGAACCGCGAGCAUUGUUCAACCUCAGACGGCACUCCACCAUGGCUACAGAAGACGUCAACAAGGCCAACGUCCUCGAGGAGGCUCAAAUCGACGAGACCAAGGAUGUUCAAGACUCUGAGGAAGAUUCUGACCCGGGCCCUAUCUUCGAAAAAUGGCGGCCGAUGAUUGAUGCCAUUGCUGAUGGCACCAAGGAGGCCUUUCCAGCCAGCCCACCUUUUGACCCCUCUUCGCCCUCGACAUUCCAGACCUACUGGCGAGGGGUCUUUACAAGUCUCAAGGAUUCAGUUCUGAAGAACCAAGAGAUCUCUCACUACCUGACCGAGCCGCCCGUCUCUACGUGUAGCGUGACCUUGUUCGACAAUAGGCACGCACUCGGCUGUCCCUGUUGCCAAUCCCCCUCGGAGCCCGCUAUCGAGCUGGAGAACGAGAAUGGCGUGACAAAGGAGGAUUUCAUGAACGCAAUCAUUAACACGAUGUACGGCGAGGCGCUUCCCAAGGUGUUUAUCGAGUCGGAGCCCAUGUACCAAGAGGACGACGAGACAGACGACGCUGGUGAUGAUGUCGAGAGUGAAGAUGGAAGCGAGGACGAUGCACCAGAGACAGCCUCUUUCAAGAACGACUCGGGGGUACUAGUGUACACUUACGGCUGGAUGAGUGCUGGCGGCAAAAAAGAGGGAGGGACGGUUAUGUAUGGGGAUGAACCAGAUAUUAUCCUGUACUGUUGCCCACCGGAUGAGUUUGAGAAGAGGACGAAGAAGGGCGAGAAAGACUCCAAGGAACCUAAGGAACCUAAGGAAGCUAGGGAAUCUAAGCUCUAG